AUGGCAGAGAGUUCAAUCGCAUCCGCCGUCGCGCUACCUGAACCUCCACAGUAUCCCGGCCUAGAGGCUCUACCAAAGCGAAGACAGAGCAUUUCAAGUAACAGCAGCAGUAAAAGGAGGCGGCUGAGUGCAGACGGGUUCUCCGAGCGUGCGAAUCAGUCUACCCCGCCAAGUUCUUCGAAUACUCAACGGUUGAACGGUUCGAGUGAUGUGAAGGCAGCAGAUAAACCCAAGCCAGGGAGGGACGAGGAGCGGAAACGUGGUCGUAGGCUCUUCGGUGCUCUACUUGGAACACUGUCUCAAAGUUCUUCUACUCCAGCGCAGAGAAAACGCUCAGAGAUCGACAAGAAACAGCAAGCAAAGCUGGAGCUUCAGGAUAAAGAAUACAAUGAGCUAACCAAAAAGAAAUAUGAAGAUCUCCUGGCGUCGAGGAGGAAAGAUCAAGUUUUGUAUGAUUCCCAGUCGGCCGAAAUUCGUCACUCGAACAAGCUUGCAAUGGCACACUUUCUCCGCACUGAAACGGAACCAUCAUUGUAUUAUCGGCCGUGGUACCUUCGACCUCAAGACGAAACAAAGAUCCAAAGCCAAAUUGCGGAAGCAAAAUCAAGUAUAGAGAAGGAAAGAAUGGAUUCAAGUUCACGUUAUAAGCAGCAUGAGUCAACCAUCCACGAGCGGGAAAUUACCGUUGACAACCCUGAUGAUAACUCCGCUGAGGAUAAGGCCACAAAAGAUACCACAGACCUCAUAGGAUCUAAUACUAACGACCCGCUCGAACAGACCAGUGAGGCUCCGCAACGAACCUUAAUUGACACUACCCUUGUCCCCGUGCCUCCUGCAACCCAAGGACCAAGUGGACUUGAUGAGGAACACUCCGGUGAGGUACUAAUGGAAAAUACUGAGGAUGCUGUAAUUUAUUGA